AUGUUUGAUGUAAAUGAAGUUGAUAAUUGUUCAUCUUCAAACAGAGUCCCAGUUAAAUACACUAAAUACUCACAUAACCAUAUUGAAAACAAACUAUAUUGUUUGAACGACCAUGAUAGUAAAUUAAUAAAGGAUAUUUGUAUUAAAAACAUUCCAUUUUGGAACAAUUUAGAUUAUAAAGGCAUCAAAAUAGAGAUUGCACCUAAUUCAGUUUCAAAUUUAGUUUUCUUCGUGAAUUUAAUUUGCGAGAACAAUGAAAUAUAUCCGAAUCGUACUGUUAUAUUGAAGAAGCGUACCUCUUAUAGCAAUGUUAUUUAUGACAGGGAACUUCAACUUAAUGUAGCUGAACUACUGGGUGAGAAUAACCUAGGACCACGUGUGAUUUGUAGAUGUUCAGACUAUACGAUUCAGGAAUUUGUGGAAGGAACCACUUUGAAGAACAGCUCAUUUCAGAAUUUAUCGGUUAUCACAAGUCUUGCCUCGACUUUGGCCAAAUUUCACAGGAAGGGUACUGAGAUAUCACUUCCUGAGUGGGAUAGAACACCCUUUGUUCUUAGACAUAUUAACAAGUGGACUGAACCGGUAGAACGUAUAAUUAAGAAACACAACUUGGAUUUCGAUUUUAACGAGUUACAAUCUUCGUUUGAACUGUACAAAACUUUACUAAACAAUCACAUCAAAACGUCAAACUCAGUAGCCAACUCUGUUCUGUUUUGUCAUAAUGACCUAUAUUCUGAAAAUAUUAUUAAUUUUCAACAAGGAAUAUUUUUGAUAGACUUUGAUUUUUCAGGGUUCAAUUACGUUGGAUGGGAUAUUUCUACAUUUUUUUGUAAAAUGGGUUUCCUAUAUGACGUAACCACAUUUCCUUAUUUUGUUUAUGACAAGACAUUGGAGCCAUCGGACGAAUUUAAAUCCAUUUUUGUUUCAAUUUAUUUAUCUGAACUUUUAAAUAAGAAUGUGUUACCAUCAGAGAAUGUAGUAAAGGAAUUCUUAGAUAGUUUGGAUGUACACAGAUUAGGUGUUCAAUUAUACUGGACUUAUUGGGGAAUAAUAAUGAGUGAUAGGCCAUCGAAUGAAUUGGCGAUAAAAUCCAAUUUUUCCUCACAGUCCAAAGUUCACUUAGAAGUGUUUAAUGCUUACUACAAUAAGAUACAAAGAAAACAAACCAAACUUUAA